AUGAAUCCCAAAGAAAAUGUAACUGAGCGCCAAAGUAAGUACCUCCAAAAAGACAAUAAUGUUACUGCUUUAAACUCAGAAGAGGACCUUCACACUCCCAUCUACAAAGAUCAGUUCACUCAGCAGCUAGAGAAAACAAAUUGGUUGGAAAAUGCUCAAGAACCUGCUGCAUCCUCGAGCAAUAACAGUCAAUCUGUCAUGACCUCAGUCAUCACUCAAGCUUUUUAUAUGCCUCUGGAAGAGAAACAAUAUGUGAAUCAGUUUAAGGAAGGUAGACAAGCAAAUUUCCAUCUAGACAUCAUGCAAAGAACUGGUGCCAAACUAGAAAUAACUUUUGUCAAAAACCAAGGCCUCUUCAUAAUAGUAUCUGGUAAGCCAGAAACUGUCAUGAAAGCUCAGAAGGAGAUUUGUGCACGUUUUAAGAAACAAGUUUUAACUAUAGUUUCCGUUCCCAAAGAACAUCUUUGCUUUAUUUUAGACAAGACUGGAGAAAAACUACCAGACCAAAAACAAAAAGCUGCAACUGAUAUUCAGACCUUAUGCACAGUUAACCACAGCACCCAGACCAAUGUUGCUGGCACCAAAGAGGUCAUGAAAAAGGCUCCACAGGAAGUCUUACUUAUGUCUGUGGAACAAGACAAGUGUGCUAUGGAAAGGUUAGACGUGGGAAAGGCGUUUCAUCCUUUCACUGCUGGACCAUACAAUAAAACUUCUGACAAAAGCGUACAGGAAAUGGGGGCAGACAUCCACAUUUCACCAUCUAGUGCCAAUCAGACACAAAUAAGCUUUCCUGGAAAAAAGCAACAACCAGAUCAGAUUCAAGAUUGUGUCAAGAAGAUUUCUGAGAAUACUAAAGAGAAAACCACAUCCACAGAUGUGGAGAUAAGAAUGCAGCACAGCUGUACAAUAGGUCCCAAUAGCAAUUCAGUUCAGGAAAUCCUGGAAAGAACUGGAAUUUCCAUUGAGAUUUUACCUUCAGAGAGCACGUCAGAUUCUGUGACGUACCACCAUAAGCCUGAAAGUUUAAGGAAGGCAUUUACUGAAGCCCACUCGGAGACCAAGGCUUACACUCUUUCCUCCAUCUCUGUACCUUCCUGGCUUCACAGAUUUGUUAUUGGUAAGAAAGGUUGUAAUAUAUCCACAAUUACUCAGAACAUGCCAGAAGUUCGUAUAAAUUUUACUGGAGAAGAUAAAAUUACAAUAGACGGGCCAAUAGAAGAUGUGAGUUAUGCUCAAGAACAAAUUGAGGUCAUAGUCAAAGACUUAAUCAACAGGAUGGAUUAUGCAGAGAUUAAUGUUGACUGUAAGUUUCAUAAACACCUGAUAGGGAAGAAAGGUGCUAUCAUAAACCGAAUUAGAGAGAGGAAUAGAGUUUCUGUGCUAAUCUCACCUGAAAAUGAAAAGAAUAACGUGAUCAGAAUUGAGGGAGAAUCUCAAGGGGUCCAACAGGCCAAGAGAGAACUUCUUGAACUUGCUUCUCAUUUAGAAAAGGAGCAAAAGGACUUAAUCAUUGAGCAAAGAUUUCACCAGGCAAUCAUUGGGCAGAAAGGUGUACAGAUACGUGACAUCCAUAAGAAAUUUCCAGAAGUUGUAAUUAAUUUUCCAGACCCAGCACAAAAAAGUGACAUUAUCCACCUUAGAGGGCCAAAACAUGAAUUAGAAAAGUGUGCACAAUAUUUGGAGAAUGUGGUGACAGACAUCGAAGAAAGUAACUAUUCCAUAACUGUUCCUAUUUUCAAAAAGCUUCACAAAAAUAUUAUUGGAAAAGGAGGUGCAAACAUCAAAAAAAUCUGUGCUGCAAGCAACACCAAAAUUGUUCUUCCAGCAGCGAGCAGCAACUCAGAAAAUAUUGUCAUCACUGGAAAGCCAGCCAACUGUGAAAUGGCUUGUGAUUUGAUCCUUUCAAUUCAGAAAGAUAUGGCCAAUAUUUCAGAAGUGGAAAUUCCUAUUCCUUCCAAUCUACACAAAUCCUUUAUUGACUCUAAAGACUGUUUGAUUAGUGCAAUUAUAGAAGAAUGUGGAAAUAUCCACAUCUACUUUCCAAAAGAUAACUCAGGACUUCAAAGAGCUAUUAUUAGGGGACCUGCCCAAAGUGUUGAGAAGGCCAAGAAAAUGCUCCUGCAACUAGUAGAAGAAGAACAAGCCAAGUGUUAUUCUGUAGUACUCCAUGUCAGACCAGAGUAUCAUAAAUUCCUCAUGAGUAAAAAUGGUGGUGAUGUUCCCAGAGUCUGUGAAGAGACUGGAGCACGUGUCCUUUUCCCUAUCCCUGAGGACAUGGAUCAAGAAUUGUUAACGAUCCUAGGGACAGAGAAGGCGGUCAAAGAUACACAAAAGAAACUAGAGGAUCUAAUUACAAAUCUAGAUAACGUGGUAGAGGACAUCAUAGUGAUAAAUCCCACGUACCACCAGCAUUUUUUUAUGCAAAGGGGUGAGGUGUCACGGGAAAUGACUGAGGAAUAUGGUGGUGUGAUUAUUAACUUUUCAUGUUUGGGAGAACAAAGUAACAAAGUCACAAUCAAAGGAGCAAAGCCUUGUGUGGAAGCAGCCAAGAAACAUAUUCAGGAGAUUAUUGAGGACUUGGACACGGCAGUCACAAUAGAAUGUGUUAUUCCCCAGAAGUUCCAUGAUUUUUUCAUGGGACCAAUGUGUUCUCGAGUCAGACAAAUCAGUAGAGAUUAUAGUGUUCAAAUCAAAUUCCCAGAUAGAGAGGAGAUUCCACUUACUAAUACAGAGCCUGCUGUUCUGGAAAAUAAGGAAGAAGUUGGGGAAAAGAGCACCAUAGGAGCUGCUUCUAUUUCCCCAAGAAAAUGUGACACCAUAUUGAUCUCAGGCCCAAAGAAGAAGUGUGAAGCCACUGUGGAAGCCCUUGAGGCUUUAAUUCCCAUCACUACUGAAGUACAUGUGCCCUUUGACUUACACCAUGACAUCAUUGGUCAGAAAGGAAGUGAGGUACACAAGAUAAUAGAUGACUUUGAAGUUAAUAUCCAGAUAUCAUCACCUGGGUUAGAGUCUGAUAUCAUUUCCAUCACUGGCCUUGCUGCAAAUGUAGAACGAGCCAAGACUAGAUUACAACAACGAGUAAAGAAUUUACAAGCUGAAAUAGAAGAACGAUCAUUAAAAAAUUUUAGACUCAAUGUCACAGUAGACCCAAAAUACCACCCCAAGAUCAUUGGCCGAAAGGGGUUAGUUAUUGCUCAGAUUUGCUUAGAGCAUAAAGUUACCAUCCAUUGUCCAAGAAAAGAGAGCAAUGAAACACAAGACCAAAUCACAAUCUUAGGAUAUAAAUAUAACGCCAUAGCCGCCCAGGAUACAAUAAUGAAAAUGGUGCACAAUUUUGAAAAAACAAUCACUAAGCAAGUUUCACUAAACAGUCAGGUCUGUGGCCACAUUAUUGGAUUGCAUGGAAAAGCCAUUCAUAAAAUCAUGAAUCAAUUCCAGGUCGAUAUCUACUUCUCUCCUAGAGGAAUCCAAGAUGCAAACAUCACUGUGACUGGACUCCCUAAUAAUGUCAAAAAAGCAAUUGAUCAUAUCCUCAGUCUUGAGGAAUAUUAUCUGACUGUUCAAAAGCAUAAGUUAAAGAAGGAGCAUAUGAAGAAAGUCACUCUAGGCAAUUCAUUCUAUGAGCCACGCAAGAAUCUGGAAGUAAAAGAUCUUCCCUGUACUGCAUAUACCAUUCAAAAGAUCCGAGACAUGAAUAGCUCUUAA